AGCACCAGUUCUUUUAAGUGAGCUGAAGUCAAUGUCACGGUUAUACAACUCGCGGAACAAUUUAUUCAAUAACGGAAACGGGUGGAAGGCUGGUUCGCGGUGAUCAAUAAAUUUAAAUUUUCAAUCUUUUUUUGUGUCAUAAAAACGUGGUAAUGUUUCGUCUGGCUAACGUUCUGAUCUUACUAGUUUUAAUAUUGUGCAAUUACUAUGCUGAAUCGUCUGCAGAAUCAGUCGAAGUGGAUGAUGAUUCUGUUGUCAUAGAAGCGUCUCCACGGAAGCCCAGGCAAAUUUUCUUUGGUGCACCGACAUGGAAUGAUGUUUUGGGUGAAGGUGCUCCAUGUGUAACUUCGAAAGGUCAACUCGGUGCCUGUACAUCAUUUAAACAUUGCUAUCCGUACUUCAAAAUUCCCGAUAUAUCCAUUUGGGAAGCAUGGGUUCUGGGCAACUAUGACACAUGCAGUUUUUGGAACAAUGAUGGACGACAGGCGUUUGGAGUCUGUUGUUCAACUUUAGCUACAACCACAACCGAAAAUCCAGCGGACAUAGACGAUUGGGUACAGAACAAAGAAAACAAUUAUCCGAAUUGGCCACCACCUUUACCAGCUGCACCAACUCAUCCACCAGAUCAUGCAGCUCCGACACAUCCACCAGUGUCAGGAUCGCUGCCGCCCGGAGUGCAGCCAAUCCAUCCAAUCACUACAACGACAACCAAAAGACCACUUACGACUUGGCCCACACGACCAACAACUACCGUGUAUCCCAAUUGGCCACCACAAGUUCCAACUCAUUCCACAAGACCUCCGAAUCCAAUUUACACGACCACUCAGAGUCCGCUACCACAAGAGGACAAUACGAUUCAAGGAAUGUGUGGCCAGAAAAAUGGAAGUCCAGACAAAACAAAAAUUAUUGGCGGACACAAUGCCGAACCAAACGAGUGGCCUUUCAUUGCGGUUCUAUUCAAUGCCGGACGCCAAUUUUGCGGAGGUUCACUGAUUGAUGACAUCCACAUAUUAACAGCUGCUCAUUGUGUUGCUCACAUGACCUCGUGGGAUGUGGCCGGAUUAACAGUACGAUUGGGUGACCAUAACAUCAAAUCGGAUACCGAAGUCAGGCAUGUGGAACGUAGAAUCAAACGAGUUGUCCGACACAGAGGCUUUGAUUCACGAACGCUGUACAAUGAUGUGGCCGUUCUUACAAUGGAUUCACCAGUUUCAUUUUCUCAUUCUGUUCGGCCGAUUUGCUUGCCAUCAAGUAAUUCAAAACAAUAUUCGGGCAAUACAGCCACUGUAAUUGGCUGGGGUAGCCUUAGGGAAAAUGGACCACAACCAGCAAUUCUGCAAGAGGUAUCGAUUCCGAUUUGGACGAAUGCUGAGUGCCGACGGAAAUAUGGUCCUGCAGCACCAGGUGGUAUCGUUGAGUCAAUGUUAUGCGCUGGUCAGCCAGCAAAAGAUUCUUGUAGCGGCGACUCAGGUGGCCCGCUUAUGGUAAAUGAUGGACGGUGGACACAAGUGGGCAUCGUAUCUUGGGGAAUUGGAUGUGGAAAAGGACAGUAUCCGGGUGUUUAUUCGCGAGUUACUUACUAUUUGCCAUGGAUCACUAAGAACCUUAAAGACAGGAAAGUUUGAAUUAAGAGAACUUAUUAUAGAACCACUGCGAUGACACAUUUCCGACGAAUAUAAACGUAGUAAAAUCGAAACGAAAA